AUGCCCGGUGAUAUAGACAACUCGCUGUUAGAGCGUCUACAAGCGCUGCGGGGUUCAAGCUCCGGCUCAUCUAGUCAAGCAGCUCCGAUAAACGUAGAUGUGAUUGAAAGGUCAAAGCCAGCAACUAGAGAAGACACACUAGCCGCUCGGUUAAAGUCCCUCCGGGCCCAGGACGGAGGCUCAGCCUCAUCAUCAGGACAGAGUUCUCUCGAAACGGAGAAGACAGAUGCCAGGGCAGUGCCCCCAUCGUCGUCAGAAUCGAGGUCCGCCAAGGCUGGAAACCCGGCAUCUCAAGAGAAGCCAGCUAAACUAGAAGAUGACGCCGAUGCAGACUUUAUGUUCUCGACGGAUGACCAGACGUUGGAGGAGCUACUGGGCGAUGUCAGCCCUGAUGAGAAUCCUGUGACGGAGCCAAGCGAUGAGCAAGUCAGGGCGCUGUUAGAAGAACUGUCACUAUCUGUACCGAAAGAUGAUGCAGAUGAAGAAGAGCGUGAGAAGGAGGCUGAUGAUUCAGACAAUUCUGAUGGCGAGCGUAUGCAAACGAAAGCAAACGAUGUUAUUGCUAGGCUCAAGGAUGAAAUAGAGCUUGAAGCCACUCUCGGAAAUGCAGACGAUGAAACCGAUUCUACAAUACAGCACCAGAAAGAAGACCAGCAAGAGGGGGAAGAGAGCAACCCCGCCAACAUUGACUUCAUCAUUCCUUCACUCCCCUCCAACCUGGACGAUCUUCCAGCUUCUUCUCCUCAACGGGUUGGCGCUACAGCCGGUAUGGACGAUAUAACAGCUCGUAUGGCGGCUCUCCGAGCUCCCAACACUGAUGACUCCUUUUCUCUUCCCUCUGUUCCCAGUUCUAAGCCCUCUGCAGGUGAUAAGCCUGUCAAGCGACUUACUAGCAAGACGGAUUACACAGAUGACGAUAUCGAUAGCUGGUGCACCGUCUGUCUCAAUGACGCCACGCUACGCUGCUUAGGUUGUGACGACGAUCCUUACUGUACGCGUUGCUGGAGGGAGAUGCAUAUUGGGCCGGCAGCUGCGUUUGAUGACGGAAGCCAUAAAGCUGUUCAGUUCACAAGAGCGAGGAAAAAGGACCAGCAAAGGGUAGCGCUAGGAGCUUGA